AUGAACCAUAAGAGGGUGUCAAGGGUCCGCCAAGCACUCCACAGCAUCAGCCACAGGCAUUUUGGACGACAAUCUAAUAACACAUCGAUGAGCCAAAGUUUGAGACAUUGGUGGAAACCCAACACCUGUUCCUCUCAGCACUGUCAUGGAUCAAGCAAUCUUUGA